CUUCUAAGCACCACCUCAUAUCCCACUUUCUCUUCUUUCUUUCUUUAUUUUUUGCUUUAAGCGUUUUCUUCUUCCCUCUUCUAUAUAAUCACAACUCUCCAUCAUUCACUCCUUCACCAUGGGAAACAUGAAGGUGCAUCAGUUGGCACGUGGGUUCUGGGAGCACGAACCAUCCCUCUCCCUUGGCUGCAAGCGCUUACGCCCUCUUGCUCCCAAGCUGGCCACCUCCACAGAUAAUACCGUCUCCUCUUUCGACCUUAAGAGCUUCAUUAGACCCGAAAGUGGCCCUAGAAAGCUUGGCCCCCUGGACGAGAAGCGAGAUUCUCCUCAGGUGGAAACUCACCCAGGGGGUACGCGGUGGAAUCCAACACAAGAGCAGAUAGGGAUUUUGGAGAUGCUGUAUAGAGGUGGGAUGCGAACUCCAAAUGCACAACAAAUAGAACAAAUCACUGCGCAGCUAGGGAAGUACGGCAAGAUUGAAGGCAAAAACGUUUUCUACUGGUUCCAAAACCACAAAGCACGCGAGAGACAAAAGCAGAAGCGCAACAGUCUUGGCCUUAACCAUUGUCCGAGAAGCUCAGCUCCUAUUACCACCAUAACAUUGGACACUAGGGUGGAAUUAAUGGAAAGAGAGGAGGAUAGUCCAUAUAAGAGAAAGUGCAGGAGCUGGUCAUUUGAGUACUUGGAAGAAGAAAGCAGAUCAUCGUGUAAAGAGGAGGAAAACAGAACUCUGGAGCUAUUCCCAUUACACCCGGAAGGCAGAUGAAGGGGUUUGAAAAAAGAUACAGGAAAGGAGAAAACUGCUAGAAAACCAAAAUUCUGUUCCCAUUAUGAUCUGCUUUGAUGAUGAUGAUGAUGAUGAUGAUAUGCUUAGCUUUUUCUUUUGUUUCGGGAAAGAAGAAAGACAAAGUUGUCUCCUUGUACUCUACUGCUUAUUUAUUCCUGACUUAAAACCAAAGCGGGUUUGUGUCACUCUUUAUUCGA